GCCUGAUAGUUCUCUGAUUCUCUCUUCGUGAAGAGGGUAUAGUAGGUUUUUAGUAAGAUAUUAAAAAAAUCACGGAAAUAUGACUGAUAAUAUCGAACAAACAAAUAAUGAAACAGAAAAUCAAGACUUGAACGAUUUAUUGGAUAGUGCUUUACAAGAUUUUGAUAAAGUAUCCAUAUCAAAUGUCGAAAAGAGCAAUGACAUAAAUACAGUAGAUUCGCAGAAGCAAACAGAUAAACAUGAAACAUCUGAAGACAAAUGGACAGAGGAUUUUCUCAAACAAACGGCUGAUCAGUUUGAAAAAAAUUUACAAAAUUUAUUGCAAAAUGAUAGCGAACUGGAAGCUGCUUUACAAAAGCUUGGACAAAUGUCAGCCAGUAAUGCAGUGGAUGAAAAAGAUGUGAAUGUAGAUUUUCAAUCGGCUGUUUCACAAGUUUUAAAGGAUUUAACUGCAAAUUCUGAAAAUUUACAGAAUGAAACAGAUAUGGCAGGGGGGGCGGGGGAGCAAACGUCUCUCGACGGCGAUACUGGUGAUAUAUUACCAUUUAUGCAAGGAAUGAUGGAGCAUCUUUUGUCAAAAGAAAUUCUUUAUCCAUCAUUGAAAGAACUGUCCGAUAAAUAUCCAGCAUGGUUAGAAGAACAUAAAGCUACUUUAAAUGCUUCUGAUUUAGAGAGGUAUACAAAACAGUCAGAAUUGAUGCAAAAGGUGUGUAUUGAAUUGGAAAAGGGAAAGGAAGACGAUGCAGAAGGUAUUAAACAACAUCGAUUUGAAUGUGUAUUAAAACUUAUGAUGGAAAUGCAAAAUUAUGGUCAAGCACCUGACGAUCUUGUUGGCGAACAAUGUUCGCCUUUUCAAUUUGAUUUCGAAAGCAAUCCCACUUUUCCAUUCCCACCCGGAGUAGAUUCGCAGCAGGAUUGUUGUAUUAACUGAAUAUAUAUGAAUAUAUAGCUAAUAUGUUUCUGAGAUAUUAUAUAAUUAUAAUUUCAACCAUUUUAUUUAUUAUCUUUAUUUCAUAAACAGUUAAAGAAGAGUUACAUUGUUUGCUUUCUACGAUAACAUUGCUAACGUAUGAACAUAUAUACAAGAUAUAUUACGAAACCUUAUCCUUGUGUGGUAAUUCUC